GGGAUAAUUUAAAAUCACCUUGUCGCGACGAGGCAUUAGAAAAACAGUUUUAUAAAUCUUAUUCUUAGACACUGUCUUUGUAUCUUUAAAUUAAAAUCUAACAAGUGCGUGUUUUUUGCAUUUUUCGUAAAGAAUCGACGAAAUGUUGGUAAGAUUAGCAGCUGUUGUUUCUGUAUCUGGUGGGCUGGGAUUUCUCCUCGGCGUGGAAACUAGCAACACCGAUGUCAAAUCUCGGUUGUGGAAUUUAAUUUGUCGUGGACCACACAAUUCUUCUGUUGAAUCAGAAAUCUACGACAAUGCUCAGAAGAGUUUUACACCAUCUUGGUAUCAGUUUCUCCCAGUUUCAGCCUCUGUUUUUGCGGCGUCAGUGCCAGUUGACAAAAGUCUUCAAGUUGCACCGUCGUCUGCUAUCGAGUCUCCUACUUAUCGUGUUGGAGAAAUUAUGCAAUAUGGUUAUCCAGGUAUGGAUACUGUACGAUUUCAUGGAGACUUCGUUGUUUCAUAUGAUCGCAGAAAUAGAGUGCCGCACUGGGUGUUUGAGCAUAUAAAAAAAGAGAAUUGUGCCUACGGCGAAGGAGUGGACAGAAACAAAUGUGGCGGAUUUAGAGAAGAUGAAACUAUCCAUCCUUAUUUUCGUUCAACAAACGCCGACUAUAAACAAAGUGGUUAUGACAGAGGUCAUCUUGCGGCAGCAUCCAAUCAUCGUCAGUCUUUGAAAGCAAUGAAUGAAACAUUUGUUCUUAGCAACAUUGCACCACAGGUGGGUGCUGGCUUUAACAGAGGCAUAUGGAACUCACUGGAGAAGUAUACAAGAGCUUUAGCUCGUAAAAACCGCUGUGUUUACAUCUGCACUGGUCCACUUUAUCUUCCAAGGAAAGACAUUGAUGGCAAGUUGUAUGUCAAGUACGAGGUCAUUGGUGCCAACCAUGUUGCUGUCCCAACCCACUUCUUCAAAGUUCUGGUAGUUGAGAAUGAAAAAGGAGAAUAUGAAAUGAAAUCAUUUGUGUUGCCGAAUGCCCCUAUGUCUGAAGAAAUUCCACUAAAAGCAUUUCAGACACCCAUAGAGACAAUAGAAAGGGCUGCGGGACUUCUGCUGUUUGAAAAGAUUCCCAGGAAAAGGUUUAGAAGAAUCAAUGGUGAUGUACCUAAGUGAAAUUAUUAGGAUUAAAAUAGAAAACCUCAUUUACUCAGGGCAGAAAUAAAACAGCCAGAAAUCAGUGCCUUAUGUUAGUGAAGAAAUAAAGUGGAUUCUUUUGUCAAAAUUUUUCUUUCAUUUGCUGUUGUUGCUGUGGGUGGACAUGAAGAUGGAGAGAGCAUUUACUUGUCAAAGCUAAUGUUUGCAUGAAGCUGUUGUUAAGAAAAAACUGUCGCAGGUAUUGUUGGUAACACUUUUCUUCCCUGCCUUCCUAAUGUUCUCAGGAUACAUUCAUCAAGUUGCACAUAACCUGCAUGUACACACCACAUCUUAUUUCUUUUUCAAUCGCAUGCUUUCGCUUUUUUCACUCUCUUCCUCCUCUAUCUUUUAUCUCUCAUUAACAAGCAGCACACAUCUACCGAUUUAUAGUCUCAUGUUUAUUGUCAAUAAAAUAUAUGUAAAAAAAUGUUCGUUCAUGAUUGAUAGCAUGAUCCUUAUGUACAGAUGUUCAAACAGUGAGGUUCUUAAAUUUGUCUUUUCUUCAGAAACCACACUAUGGUUAGUAACAAGAAUUCAAGACGAAUAUGCAUAAUAUCAUUUAUAUCACAAACAUUUUUUUCACAACCGCCAUAUUGGACACAGCCAGAUUCAGUGUUUAACAAUCUGUAAAGGUUUCCUUCCCCUUGAGGUGCUAGAACAUGAUCUGGACGCAGGUAUAUUUUCAUGACAUCGUGCAAAAGAUCAAUAUAUAUAUAUUAACCCUAUAGAUAAAAAGAUCAAGCUUUAUUAACUGCAAGCAGCAUAAAACAGAUCCUCCUGAGAAUGACUAUUCCAGAAAGUUUGUAGUUUGAACACAGACACCCAGCGGUAAUAACCAGAAAUUUACUGCUAUCACAAAACUUUGAAAACAAUUUUGAGAAGUUACAUCUUUUUACAUGUUUAACAAGCAGGAAAGCUGAUCUCCCAGGUUCAAAGGGCUAAACUGAAAAACAGGUUUGUCUUUUUUAAAAAUUCAAUGUUUAGUGAAAUGAAACUGAAACAGGAGUGGUGUUCCUGGAAUGAUUUUCAAUCUUGUGAAAAGGUGGCACACCAACAGUGCAUAGUUAUCUAUAAUGCUGCAGACUUCUAUCACCAACCCUGAGAUUAGGACUGGCAUGGAAUCCUUGAGCAGAAAUUCUCUUUCGCUUUUACAGCACAGAUGGUCAGCUGCAGACAAAACCUGAUCAGCCGCAGACAAAACUUGUCCCAUCUAAUGUUGCAAAGGCUGGAAUGAAUGCAUCACACAUCAUUUUCUUCAUAAAACAUAUAAGCUAAUCCACCUCUGUUUUACAUUCCCAUUCCUUAAAAAAAAAAAAA